AUGGCAGACGAAUUUCUUGCAGAUAAUUUAGUCAUUUACAUUGAGAAAGAAAUUGCAGCUACUUUCAGUACAGAUUCAAUAAUAGAUUACUUUAAAUCAAGGAAAAAAUGUCGAGUUCAAUUGUCUAUCUUCGCCGCUGGUUCUAGCAAAGUCAUCAUUCGUAAGACACUUUAUGGUCUUAAGCAAGUCUCUCAUGAAUGGUUUGAAAAGUUCAGUAUCACUUUCAUUAUUGGAAGUGAUGUUGAUGGUAUCUUUGAUUUUAAAGCAUCCAUUCACCACACUUUUGAGAUGAAAGAUCUUGGUUCUCUAAGUUAUUUUCUUGGCCUUGAAGUUAUAUCCUCAUAUGAUGACAUCUAUCUCUCUCAAGUUAAGUAUGUUUCUGAUCUUCUUACUCGAGUCAGAAUUACAGAUAGUCGCACUAAGUCUAUCCCUCUUGAACUUAAUAUUCAGUUUACUCCUAUGGAUGGCACUGUUUUAGAUAACCAUACUCUUUAUCGACAAUUAGUUGGAGAUCUCAUCUACUUGACCGUCACACGACCAGAUAUCGCCUAUCCAGUUCAUGUUCUUAGCCAGCUCUUGUCAACUCAUCGUACUACUCACUAUGCUAUAGUUUUUUGCAUUUUUUGCUACAUCAAAAGUUCUCUGUUUCAGGGUCUUUAUUUUUCUGCCCAUUCAUUCUUAAUCCUUCAGGCGUACUCAGAUACUGAUUGA